UUAAAUGCAGACGACAUUGUUUCCAGUGAGACACGUCUGCUUAUUCAUUUUAUCGGCUGAAAGUGAAGUUUAUUUAACAACUCUGAAACAGUCAUGAACCUUAAAGGAAUGGAAACACCAAUUCAAUAUCCUUUGAUUCUCAUAUUGCCGCUAGCCUUGACUCUCGUAUUUUCCAUGACUCCAUUAACUGGAGAAUCAACAUGUGACGAAGUCAUUUUCAAGGAAAUCACUAAAUCAAAAUGCUUAAUUGAUCAGAUGAAGAUUCUUGUAAACACAUCUUCUACUGAAGAAUGUGCACUUCGGUGUGUUUUGCACCUGAAGUGCCAAUAUUUUAGCUACUGUAAUGGUUCAUGUUAUAUGCACCGAUUGCUUUACGAGAAAGAAAUUAAAGAUUAUGAUUGUAACUGUUCAUCGUAUAUUUUGCUCUCUGAUACGCGUAAGUAAAUCAUAAUUUUCUUGUCUUCUGCUUUUGUAAAUUUUAGCAUCAUUGACCCUAUGUCAGUCAAGGUCACCAGCCCCAAUACACGCUCUCACAUACACAUGCACGCACACCUUCAUUUUGGGAUCACCACUACUUUAUUAUCUCCCCUUCUUCCUAGCUCUCCUAUCUGACCACCUCUGUCCAGCCAGCUGCCAUGAUCGACCACUAGCCACUAAAGCUUUUUUAUUUUUAUUCUCUCUGUUUAUUUU